AAGAAAAGAGCAAAACCCUGUCUGCCCGACUAGGGUUUUUCUCUUAACAGUAGUCUCCCGCGUUUUUUGCCCUUUUCUUCUUCUUCCUCGAUUAUCAAAGGCGGCCAUGCUCUUUCUUGCACAGAAACCCUAGAAUAUCGUCUUCCAUUCCGAAAAAUCCCUCUUUCAAACCAAAUCCAUUCAUCUCGUGCCUGGCUGCCAAACAGAUGGGCAUUUUCGAACCUUUUCGAGCGAUUGGUUACAUCACGACCGGCGUCCCCUUCACCGUACAGAGGCUGGGAACUGAAACCUUCGUCACCGUCAGCGUCGGGAAAGCCUGGCAGAUCUACGACUGUGCGAAACUGACAUUGGUGCUUGUUGGACCUCAAUUGCCAAAGAAGAUCCGAGCUCUUGCAUGCUAUCGAGACUAUACUUUUGCUGCAUAUGGAAACAGCAUUGGAGUUUUCAAACGUGCUCAUCAGGUUGCAACAUGGAGCAGGCAUACUGAAAAGGUUAAUUCGUUGCUCUUGUUUGGGGAACAUAUCAUAAGUAUUGAUGUCAAGGGUAAUCUGUUCAUUUGGGAAUAUAAAGGAAUUGAAAAGAAUCUUGCACCAGUCGGACACAUUCUGUUAGAAGAGAAAUUCUCUCCAAGUUGCAUAGUGCAUCCAGAUACUUAUCUAAACAAGGUUCUUAUCGGGAGCCAUGAAGGUUCUGUGCAGCUCUGGAAUAUCAGCACAAAGAAGAAACUUUAUGAGUUUAAAGGCUGGAAUUCAUCUAUUCAUUGUUUUGUUUCCUCACCUGCACUAGAUGUAGUAGCAGUAGGCUGUGCUGAUGGCAAAGUUCAUCUUCAUAAUUUACGGUAUGAUGAAGAGGUAGUUACAUUCACACAUUCUACGCGGGGUGCUGUGACUGCCUUGUCUUUCAGGACUGAUGGACAGCCUCUUCUAGCAUCUGGGGGUUCAUCAGGUGUCUUAAGCAUAUGGAAUCUUGAGAAAAGAAGGCUACAAAUGGUCAUAAGAGAAGCACAUGACAGUUCGAUUAUAUCACUCCAUUAUUUUGCUAAUGAGCCUGUUCUUAUGAGUUCUGCUGCUGACAAUUCAAUCAAAAUGUGGAUUUUUGACACAACUGAUGGGGAUCCUCGUCUUUUACGCUUCCGAAGUGGCCAUAGUGCUCCUCCUCUAUGUGUUAGGUUCUAUGGUAAUGGAAGGCACAUUUUGUCGGCUGGACAGGAUCGCGCUUUUCGGCUUUUCUCUAUUAUCCAGGAUCAACAAAGCAGAGAGCUUUCUCAACGCCAUGUAUCUAAAAGAGCAAAGAAACUUAAAGUGAAGGAGGAAGAGAUAAAGUUGAAGCCAGUUAUCGCAUUUGAUUUUGCUGAAAUCCGUGAGCGUGAUUGGUGCAAUGUGGUGACUUGUCAUAUGGAUACUCCAAGAGCAUAUGUGUGGCGUCUUCAGAACUUUGUCCUCGGGGAGCAUAUAUUAACACCAUCCCCGGAAAACCCAACACCUGUUAAGUCCUGUUGCAUCAGUGCCUGUGGUAACUUUGCUGUUCUAGGAAUGGAGGUUGGUUGGAUUGAAAGAUUUAAUCUUCAAUCUGGAAUCAGCCGUGGCGGUUAUGUGGAUAUUUCUGAAGCAAGAAGUUGUGCUCAUGAUGGAGAAGUGGUUGGAGUUGCUUGCGAUGCCACAAAUAGUCUCAUGAUAAGUGCAGGAUAUCAUGGUGAUAUAAAGGUGUGGGAUUUCAAGGGACGUGAACUGAGAUCAAGAUUGGAAGUUGGUUGCCCUGUCGUCAAAUUUGUCUAUCAUCGGACAAAUGGUCUUUUGGCAACUGUAGCAGAAGAUAUGAUUCUCCGUUUGUUUGAUGUUGUGGCUCUACGGAUGGUUCGUAAAUUUGAAGGUCAUACAGACCGUGUUACUGACCUAUGUUUCAGUGAGGAUGGGAAAUGGCUUUUAUCUUCAAGCAUGGAUGGUAGCCUUAGAAUUUGGGAUGUUAUUUUUGCAAGACAGAUAGAUGCAAUGCAUGUUGAUGUUUCUAUCACGGCGUUAUCUCUGUCACCGAAUAUGGAUAUUUUGGCAACUUCUCACGUUGAUCAAAAUGGUGUCUACCUGUGGGUUAAUCAGGCUAUGUUUUCUGGAGUCUCUCAUGUGCACCCAUAUGCAAGUGGGAAAGAAGUCGUGAGUGUCCAGUUGCCGGCUGUUUCUUCAAAAGAAGGUUCUGAGCCUGAGAAUGAGGAAUCUGAUCAUCCCCAUGAGCGUCAAUCCCAAAACAAGGAUGCUGUCUCUUCUCCACAUUUCAGUCAUCAAAUCCCUGAUCUUGUCACCCUUUCGAUGCUACCCAAGAGCCAGUGGCAAAGUCUGAUCAAUCUAGACAUUAUAAAGGUCCGCAAUAAGCCCAUUGAACCACCAAAGAAGCCAGAGAAAGCUCCUUUCUUCUUGCCUUCAGUUCCAUCUUUCUCAGGAGAAAUAUUAUUUAAGCCUAGCGAUGUAAAUACCGAAGAGGAUAAGGAUACAAGAGGUGAUGAAGCAGCACGCAGUAUGAGAAAGCCUUAUUUACCAUCUCCAUUUCUAGAACUACUUCAAUCUGCUGUGGAGAUGAAAAACUUCUCAUCGUUCACAGACUACAUCAAAGGCUUAUCACCAUCAUCGCUGGAUAUGGAGCUGCGGAUGCUUCAGAUUAUAGAUGAUGAUGAUCUGCAAGAACCUGAACAGAGGCCGGAAUUGCAUUCUAUUGAACUUCUAUUGGAUUAUUUUAUUCAUGAGAUUUCCUGCAGAAACAACUUUGAGUUCAUUCAAGCUGUUAUUAGGCUGUUUCUCAAGAUACAUGGUGAAACAGUUCGCCGUCAAUCAACACUACAAAAUAAGGCAAAGAAACUUCUAGAAGCUCAAAGCUCGGUGUGGCAGAGGAUAGAUAGAAUGUUUCAAAGUUCUAGAUGUAUGGUUACAUUUCUCAGCAAUACACCGUUCUGAUGAGUCUAUGGGAGGUAACUUGCGGUUUUGAAAAUCUGAUCUUGGUGACUUCUGGUCAGGACGACUCAAAACUCACGAUUCCUGAUGCAUUAGGCCGUUCAACCAUUUCAAUGAGGCGGAUGGAUUGUGAUUUCAAGAAGUCAUCUACAUGGU